AGAAAGUUGAUGAGCGGCAUUGAUGGCGGUUGAUGGGACGUCAGUCAAAAUUCUGAAUCCCAUCAAGGGAGGACACAGAGACCUCUGCUUCUGAGGAUGAGCCAGAAGAGCCAGAGCCAGGAGGUUCUACAGACCGUCUCCCAGCUGUGGCCAGUACCAUGCCCUUCCAAAAGUACCCAGUGACAUAUCAAGAUCCAAAGAUGAGGGUCCUGUUCAGCCAUGUCUGGCCAAAUUCCCAUUUUGCUACUUCUCACCAUAACCGAAGAAUUAUGCUGUUCUGAACCUGCAUAAGACUCCGAUUGAAAUUGAUUGUUUGAGAAACACAUUCACUGGCAUAGUCUGUGGGCCCCCUGAAAUAGCCUUGGCCACCCUCUGGCCACCCCAAGGUUAAAAGUCUAGCUCCGCCACUGCACACUGCAGGUCAAUCUGCUUUGAUUCUGACUGCGAGAGGAAUAAAUUCCAGCCUAAAAGCCAGUCUAUUGUCGUGUACCAGAACACAACGCAGUGUAGUCGGAGCCUGCAGACCAUUCUGGCUACAUACUCACCGGAGAAACUGUGCGCAGCGCAACCACGCUUCAGAAUUUUUAGAGAUAUUCUGUUGCAAGAUUCAGUAAAAAAUGGCCGAUCAGCAGCUUUUCAGGGCUCGCCGCAUGUUUGUGGCCAAGAUCUCAACCCCUGUUAUGGCGGAUCUCUUGAAUGACCUUUUGGCUGAUAGAAUCUUAAAUGAAAGAGAGAGAGAGUGGGUAUUUGAGGAGCACCUGGCCAGAGCAGACAGAGCAUCAUGCCUCAUAGACAUGGUGAGGAGGAAAGGGGCCAGUCAGGAGCUGAUCACUAACCUGAAGAACAUAGACCUUCUACUCCACAAUGUCCUGUUUCCGCCUGUUGGACAAGCUGAUGAGGCAGCUGAAGAGCAGGAUCCACCGAUAUCCCCUGUCCUCAUCCUCUGUGAUGAAAACUUCAAGACACACAUCCAAAGAACUGAUAAACUUGCUUACCCUGUGAUGCCCAAGUCCAAUAGGACGCGUGUGGCCCUGCUAAUCAAUGUUCGGAAUUUUGUCAACAAGAAGUGGAUAAGGGAAGGAUCUGAGAAAGAUGAUGCUGCAAUGGCGACUCUGCUCACUGCUCUGGGAUACAGAGUGGUGAGACCUGAAACUGGUGAACCCAGGAAAUACACUGGAGAGGACAUUGACAAGGCUGUGAAGGACUUCGCUCAGCUUCCUGACCUGUCCCAGACAGACAGUGUCAUCGUGGUCAUCAUGUCUCAUGGGAAAAAGGGGGCUGUCUAUGGCAGCCGCGGGAAGGCACUGAAUCCCAAUGAAAAAGAUGACUUGUUCCCCACUGACAAUAUCUUUGAGUACUUGAAUGCAAAGAACUGUCCUGCACUACGGGACAAACCAAAGGUCAUCAUCAUCAACGCCUGCAGAGGAGGAAAUGACGGAUCUACGGCUGCUAAUAAAAGAGAUGGUGCCUCUGCUCCUGCACCCACACCAGGCUCACACAGGCCUGCUGAUACAGAUGCCUUGGAGGAAGAUGACAUCAAAGUACACAUAGAGAAAGACUUCAUCGCUUUUCUUUCCUGCACUGCUGGAAAUGUUUCCUGGAGGCAUCCAUUCUUUGGGUCUCCUUUCAUCCAGUACCUUGUUGAGGUAUUCAACACCUUUUCCCACAAGGAUCACCUUGAGGAACUGUUCACCAAGGUCAUUAACCGCUUUGACCAAGGUCCCCCUCCAGCCAUAAUGCAGGUGCCAGUCAAAGACAGAUGCAGUUUAUCAAAGCACUUCUACCUCUUCCCAGGCCUUUGAGACACCAUGCACUAAGUAAUACGGAUUUCCUUUCCACAGUCCGCUCUAUGGCCCUCUAACUCACUAACUCUAACAAACAUUGCUAAAAUGUGCUCCUUUUUGUCUUUCCAUGAUAUUGAAUGAAUAGCGCUCGGUUUGCCUCAGCCGAGCUGCUGUAGACUGUUCAUAGCAAUUCCAAAAUGCAAAAGCUGUGAGGUUAUUUACUAAGCCUUCUCACCUUUCUUUAGUCACAUCUGAAAUCCAGAGGAGACUGCGCCUUUUUCAUUUUAUUGUUAAUUUUUAUAUUGUCAUACCUGCCCAGGGACUACAGGUGGAAAUUAGCAACUGUUGCUAUAACCUGGCCCAAGACAUCUUCUCUUGUCCUACAAGAUUAAUUUGUGCAUUGUCCCUGUUUCAAAUAAAUAAAUUCCUGUCCUAUCCCAUUAAACCCCUUACUGCCUGAAUUUAUUU